AUGCAGAAGGCGCUGCGCCUGAACGACGGGCACGCCGUCUACCUGGGGCUGCUGGCCAAGAAGGACGGGGCCCGGCGGGGCUACCUCAGCAAGAGGAGCUCUGACAACACCAAAUGGCACCCCAAGUGGUUCGCCCUCCUCCAGAACAUGCUUUUCUACUUCGAGAAUGACUCCAGUUCCCGGCCAGCUGGCCUCUACCUGUUGGAAGGCUGCCUGUGCGACAGAGCACCUUCGCCCAAGCCCAAGGAUGCACUGGAGAAACAGCAUUAUUUUACGGUUAACUUCAAUCAUGAGAACCAGAAAACUCUGGAGCUGAGAACUGAGGAUGCCAAGGAUUGUGAUGAAUGGGUAGCAGCUAUCAGUCAUGCCAGUUAUGGGACUCUCGCCACAGAGCAUGAAGGCUUAAUGCAGAAGUACCUCCAUUUACUUCAGAUCGUGGAGACCGAAAAAACAGUUGCCAAGCAACUCAGGCAACAAAUUGAAGAUGGAGAAAUAGAGACAGAGCGCCUGAAAUCAGAGAUUGCCGCCUUACUUAAGGACCACGAGCGCAUCCAGGCCAACCAGGCCAACUUGCCAAACGAUGAUGACAUUGACAUCAAGAAGAUCAAGAAGGUCCAGAGUUUUCUCCGGGGGUGGCUGUGCAGAAGGAAGUGGAAGACCAUCAUCCAGGAUUACAUCCGCUCCCCUCACGCUGACAGCAUGCGGAAGAGGAACCAGGUGGUCUUCAGCAUGCUGGAAGCCGAAGCGGAGUAUGUGCAGCAGCUGCACAUCCUCGUCAACAACUUCCUGCGCCCGCUGAGGAUGGCAGCCAGUUCUAAGAAGCCCCCCAUCACCCAUGACGAUGUCAGCAGCAUCUUCCUGAACAGCGAAACCAUCAUGUUUUUACACCAGAUCUUCUACCAGGGCUUAAAAGCACGCAUCUCUAGUUGGCCAACCUUGGUGCUUGCGGACCUCUUCGACAUCCUCCUGCCGAUGCUCAACAUCUACCAGGAGUUCGUUCGGAACCACCAGUACAGCCUGCAGAUCCUGGCCCACUGCAAGCAGAACCGGGAUUUCGAUAAGCUCUUGAAGCAUUAUGAGGCCAAGCCCGACUGUGAGGAGCGGACCCUGGAGACCUUCCUGACCUACCCCAUGUUCCAGAUCCCCAGGUACAUCCUGACUCUGCACGAGCUGCUGGCCCACACGCCCCACGAGCACGUGGAGAGGAACAGCCUGGACUACGCCAAGUCCAAGUUGGAGGAGCUCUCCAGGAUAAUGCACGAUGAAGUCAGUGAAACAGAAAACAUUCGGAAGAAUUUGGCGAUCGAGCGGAUGAUUACGGAAGGCUGCGAAAUCCUCCUGGACACCAGCCAGACCUUCGUGAGACAAGGGUCCCUCAUCCAAGUGCCAAUGUCUGAGAAGGGGAAGGUGACGCGUGGACGGCUGGGCUCCCUGUCCCUGAGGAAGGAGGGGGAGAGGCAGUGCUUCCUCUUCUCCAAGCACCUGAUCAUUUGCACCCGGGGCUCCGGAGGAAAGCUGCACCUGACGAAGAAUGGCGGUGUGAUCUCACUCAUUGACUGCGCGCUGGUGGAAGAUACGGAAAGCACAGAUGAGGAACGAAAAGGAUCUGGGCAAGAUACGGAGCACCUUGACUUCAAGAUCGUGGUGGAACCUAAAGACACGGCACCGUACACCAUUAUCCUGGUGGCAUCAUCCAGGCAAGAAAAGGCUGCGUGGACCAGCGACAUCAGCCAGUGUGUAGACAACAUCCGAUGUAAUGGUCUGAUGAUGAACGCCUUCGAAGAAAAUUCGAAGGUGACUGUUCCGCAGAUGAUCAAGUCAGACACCAGCCUGUACUGUGACGACGUCGACAUUCGAUUCAGCAAGACCAUGAACUCCUGCAAAGUCCUCCAGAUCCGCUAUGCCAGCGUGGGGCGUCUGCUGGAAAGACUGACAGACCUGAGAUUCCUCAGCAUUGACUUUCUCAACACCUUCCUGCACUCGUACCGAGUCUUCACCACGGCUAUGACGGUGCUGGAUAAGCUGAUCACAAUCUACAAGAAACCGAUCAGUGCGAUUCCUGCUAGGUCCCUGGAGCUCUUGUUUGCCAGCAGCCAGAACACGAAACUCCUCUACGGAGAGGCCCCCAAGUCUCCACGCGCCAACCGGAAGUUUUCCUCCCCUCCCCCUCUGUCCAUCACCAAGUCAUCCUCACCAAGCCGGAGGAGGAAGCUGUCUUUGAACAUCCCCAUCAUCACGGGAGGGAAGGCCCUGGAGCUGGCCGCCCUGAGCUGCUCUCCCAACGGUUAUGCCAGCAUGUAUUCCUCCACCAUGUCGCCCUUCAGCAAAACCACCCUGGACAUCAACAAGCUCUACGUGUCCGGCAGCUACUCCAAUAAGAUCUCCGAUGAGGGAGAAGCGGGCCCCGAGAAGGCCGAGGAAGCGCUUCUGACCAAGACAGGCUCCGAGGAGUCUCCCCGAGAAGAUUCGGCCUUUGAGGCAGCCCCGAGUGAGGACGCAGACCCAGAGGCAUCGCCCACCAAGUCUCCCACAACCCCUAAGCUGGUCAGAGGCAAGAACUCCUCAGAGUUCCCUUUGUUCUCCUACAACAAUGGAGUGGUGAUGACCUCUUGCCGAGAGUUGGAGAACAGUCGCAGCAGUGCUCUCUCGGCCGCCUCUGCGUUUGCCAUUGCCACGGCCGGAGCCAAUGAGGGGACCCCAACCAAAGAGAAGUACCGCCGAAUGUCGUUGGCCAGCGCAGGCUUCCCUCCUGACCAGAGGAACAGCGACAAAGAGUUUGUGAUCAGGAGGGCAGCCACCAACCGGGUACUCAACGUCCUGAGGCACUGGGUCUCCAAGCAUGCCCAGGACUUUGAAACCAAGGAGGAGCUGAAGUAUAAAGUGAUCAGCUUCCUGGAGGAAGUGAUGCACGACCCAGAACUCCUGACCCAAGAGAGAAAAGCCGCCGGCAACAUCAUAAGGACCCUGACCCAGGAGGACCCCGGAGACAACCAGAUCACCCUGGAAGAGAUUCUGCAAAUGGCUGUGGGGGUCAAGGCAGAACCCUUCGAAAAUCACUCGGCUUUAGAAAUAGCUGAGCAGCUCACCUUACUGGAUCACCUGGUCUUCAAGACGAUACCCUAUGAGGAAUUCUUUGGACAAGGGUGGAUGAAGGUGGAAAAGAACGAGCGAACACCCUACAUCCUGAUGAACACAAAGCACUUCAAUGACAUCAGCAACCUGAUCGCCUCCGAGAUCCUCCGCAGUGAGGACAUGGCUGCCCGGGUGAGCACAGUCGAGAAGUGGGUGGCUGUGGCCGACAUUUGCCGCUGCCUGCACAACUACAACGCUGUUCUGGAGAUCACCUCGGCCUUCAACCGCAGUGCCAUCUUUCGCCUGAAGAAGACUUGGAUGAAGGUGUCAAAGCCGACCAAAGCGGUGAUUGAUAAGCUGCAACGGCUGGUGUCUUCGGAAGGACGGUUUAAAAACUUGAGGGAGGCUCUGAAGAAUUGUGACCCGCCUUGUGUCCCUUACCUGGGCAUGUACCUCACGGACCUGGCAUUCAUUGAAGAGGGCACCCCCAACUACACGGAGGAUGGCCUGGUGAACUUCUCCAAAAUGAGGAUGAUCUCCCACAUCAUCCGAGAGAUCCGGCAGUUUCAGCAGACGGCCUACAAGAUCGAGCAUCAGGCCAAGGUCACUCAGUACCUCCUAGACCAGUCGUUUGUGAUGGACGAAGAGGGUCUCUACGAUGCCUCUCUGAAGAUAGAGCCGAAGCUCCCCACCUAA